AUGGACCCGGAUCAGUCCAAGUUUGCAAUACACGCAGCAGCCCGCGAGGGCAGACGUAAGGCCAGCCGUGUACAUGCCCCCCCGAGAAGAGCCAACCCCAUCGCUGACUUUUCGUCGGGCCUAGUUGCUGCGGUUGAGUCACUGCUCAACGCCGACCCCAAGAAUGCCCGCAGGCAAGAUGAUGACGGACGACUUCCCAUCCAUUGGGCUGCGUCCUCCAACCAGCCCGAGAUCGUCCAGCUCUUGGCACAGCAGAAGGACUUUGACCCGGACGUCGAGGACGCCAGCGGCUGGACGCCGCUGAUGAUCGCUGCCAGCGUCAAGGACGGCGAGAAACUGGUCGCCAUGCUCCUGGGAUGGGGAGCCGAUGUGAAUCAAACCAAUAACAGCGGACAGACGGCACUGCACUUCGUCGCCUCCAAGAACAACAUGGAGGUCGCGCGCAUGUUUUUCGACCACAAGCCCCCGGCCUCGGCUCGAGUCAGGGACAAACGCGGCCAGUACCCCCUCCACCGUGCCGCCGCCAUCGGCUCAGUGCCCAUGGUGAACCUGCUGUUGAAGAACAAGAGCCCCCUGAACGCCACUGAUACUGCCGGCUACACGGCUCUGCACCACGCCAUGGCAGAGGGACACGGUGAUACUGCUGUCGCCCUGUUGAAGGCUGGCGCCGAGACGGGCAAGAAGGACUCGGACGGCUAUACGGCCCUCGAUCUAGCCCCGGACAAGGAGGUCAAAAAAUACGUUGCGCGGGAGGCCGAGAAUGAGGGCAUCGACUUGUAG